AACGAACCAUUUGUCAAAUGAAAUAUUUUAGGUUGAAAAGUCCAAAUUUUCAGUAUCUUUAAAAUGCGUUCAUCUACAUCAUUCGUCCUCUUCAUACUUUGCGUUUUUCAAAUAUUAUACAGCUGUUAUGGAGUUUACACUGUACCUGUAUACAAAGAGCAUGAUAGCGUAUGCUUCGAUAAAAUAUAUAGUUUCAUAGAUCAUGAUCAAAAUGUACUUUGUAAAAGGUACAAAGUAUACAAGCUGUUUGUAUGUGUUAGUGAUAUGGUUUUUGGCUGGUUUGUAAAUGGGGCUAAAAAAGUUUUCGAUUGUUUAAAGGACGACAAGGCAAUAAAACAAAUUCAAAUUGCUGAAUUAAUUCCUCCUAAAGAAAUAGAAACAGAAGAGGAAUUGGAUCAGCUCGACCAACCCUCUGAUGUUAGAGAAGAAGAAAAGAAUAUUAUUAAGAAAAGACGACCUUUGACUAAUAACAGAAGGUUAAGGUCAAAAAACAAGGACGAAUCUAAAGGACAAUCUUUCUUAGAAAAAGCUUUCAAUUUGUGGGGCCACCAGCCUCCACCCCCUAAGACUAAAACCGUUCCUCGUAAUGUAAAUAUGCCGGUUCAAACGCCUCACAAACUUGUAAAUAAAAUUAGUUUUCGCAACGUGGACCUAAAGAAAUGCUACAAUUUAUUUCUAGGAGCUCAUUUGAUGACGAUAUUUAUUGCAACAUAUAAAUUUCUCAGGUCGUUCUAUAGAUGGUCUCCUUUAAAUUUUUAUGAAAUCGUUUUAAGAAACAUAACAUUUAACGUUGAAAGUCGAAGGGUAGAUGUUGCAACAGAGGCAAAUGAUGUUGAUAUUGAUACUGAUAGCGACGAAAGUGAUAUGGAGGACUUGAUUGUAGUCAAAUAUAAUCGAAGAUCCAAACUAAAUCACGUCUAACUAAGAAGGGAAUCAAAAAUCGACCGGAUUUGAAAGAAUAAAGCCAUUGCAAUGUACUUAUAUUAUUUUAUGUAAAUAUUUAGCGAGGUUUCUUAUAAUUCCGAAAUAAAUACUGAUAAAUCA